AUGUGUAUUGGUGCACCGUGUGCAGUGUUGAUCGAUGACUGGAAAUGGUUACGGGCAAGGAUCUUGAAAUUUAGUAAAGGAAAUGAUGUAAUAGUAGAUCUUGUGGAUAUUGGUAACGACAAUAUUGUCAACAUAGAGAAUAUUCGGCCUCUUCUAAAGGUUUUUGGACGUUUGCCUCCGCUUGCUUUGCGUUGUCGUAUGAAAGACGUCGACAUGAACGAUCUAACAAUGGAAAAAGUGAAUGCAUUUCAAAAUUUAAUUAAAUCUUGUGGUGAUAUUGUUCGAGUAGAACUCGCUGAUGUAUCCUCCAUACCAUUUCUUGUCAAUUUAUACCAUCCAACGGUACAUGACAAAAAUCUUGGUAAACUAUUUUAUCGUUGUAAAGAGCAUGCCGAACAUAAAGCAGCACGAGAGAGGCGAUGGAAGCAAAAAUUGGCUCGAAUGAACAAUGAUUUUUCAAAUGAUUGUACAAGUGAGGAAGGUUCCGAAGGUGAAUGCUUGCAACCUACACAUGUGUUGCAUUUGGAAAGAUUACAGAAGCCUAUCGAAGAUGAACCACUUUAUAUUGCUCAUAUCGAAAAUAGUCGUUUCAUUUAUUUACAUAGUAAAUAUCACAAAGAUACAAUCGAGAAAUUGGAAAAACAAUUGUUGAAUAAGUGGUCCGAGCUAAAAAUUGUUCCUCAGAAAUAUUUGAUGCCGGCAUUAGCUUGUGCUUAUUCGGACAUCUCCAAUUGCAAUCCCUGUAGAGUCAUAGUAGCAGAAGUUGGAGAUCAAACAUUGUGGCUACGUAGCGCCGAUCAUGGAUGGAAGAAGAAUUUGUCGAAAUUGGAUUGCCUGUCUGGUAGUUUACGUCUUCUUACAAAAGAAUUCUCAGAAACACCACUUAUGUAUCUCUGUUGCCUGUCAACCUCCACACAGUAUUAUCCACAUCGAUCCGAAACGAAUAUUCUACGCAGUAUUUUACCAACCGGUAUGCUUGUGAAUAUUCGUCGCCUUCCCUGUAAGCGAUCUUUACCGUAUAAAACGAACAUUUUUUUCGAGAAUAACGAAUCAGUUACCGACGUCCUCGAACGGCUAAAAGCCGAAAAACGAGUAAUACAUCCGUGCUUCGAUUUACUACCUUACAAACCAUCGCCAUAUAGUGGACUUUGCAAGCUUGACUGCGAUUAUCAGGAAGAUCUCGAAAUUUUCUUGCCAUUUGCAAGAGGUCAUCUGGAGUAUGCCAACUUGUAG